AUUCUUUUAUCAUUAUCGAUCAUCAUCUUAUACAAAAAACGCACAAGGGAACGGAACAGAGAAGAGAAGGAAGAAUGUCGUCUCGCACUUCUACUUCGCUGUUUGGCGUAAUCGGUGCCGGUGCCGAUGACGAUCAAGAUGUGAGCAGGGAUGACAACCCUCGUGUGUUCUUGGAUAUAUCCAUCAAUGGAGGUCGCCCUGAAAGAAUGAUAAUUGAGCUUUUUGCUAAUAUCGUUCCUAAAACCGCUGAGAAUUUUCGACUACUCUGCACAGGGACUAAGGGGAUCGGACCACAUACCAAGAAACCAUUGCACUACAAAGGAACUGUAUUCCAAAAUAUUCAUCCACGCCUUUUGGCUGAAGGAGGUGAUCUCCUUGGGAAAAUAGAUGGCACAGGUGGGGAAAGCAUCUACGGAAAACAUUUCAAAGAUGAGAGUUUUCAACUGCGUCAUUCUGAGCCUGGCAUGCUAUCUAUGGGAAAUAAAGGCCCAGAUACAAAUGGAUCUCGGUUCUUUAUAAGCUUCAGGCCUAUAAGCAUGCUUGAUGGUUUCAAUGUUGUUUUCGGUAAGGUUAUAGAAGGAACAUCAACUAUCCGUCGUAUUGAACAGCUAGGAACACCUGGGCAGGUUAAAAUUACAGACUGUGGUGAAGCUUUUGAAGAUAAAGGCAUAAGGAAUAUAUAUUGGGUGAAACCUAGUUCUUCUGAAGAGCCAGUAAAAGAACAGGAGAAACAAAGCGGGUACCCGCAAUCAGAAGCUGGUGAUGAAACUUCUCAAGGCAAAACGAUCAAUCUCAUGGAUGAGCCUGACCAAGGCAUAAUGAACAAGUCUUUGAAGAGAGCUGGUUCUUCUGAUGAGCAACUAAACGAAGGGGUGAAACGAAGCAGGUACUCGUCAUCAGAAGGGCUGUUACAAGUUACAGACGGUGGUGCUGCAAUUUCUGAAAUUCAAAAGAACAAUGGGAUGGAGUCUUAUCAAGACAGACAGCAGAUUGGGGAUGAUACCAUUAUGGACAUCAGGCAGCAGCAGCAGCUUGAUUGGGCGAUUGCAUCCGUUCGCAAGAUUGCCCGGGUGGUGGGUGUUUACUUACCGGAUUAUCCAUCACCCCAUCCGUAGAUUGAUUAGUAGCUGGUUGGGAUCCUGAGCAUUGACUUGUACUUAUGUAUGCAUAGUUUGGUUGGUUGUGGUUGUGAAGUAUGCUUUACAUUGUAUGCUUUUAUGGUAUUUUCUUUCAAGUAUGAUGGAUGAUAUGAAAUUUGAACUA